AUGUUCACACAUACAUUACUUUCAACUUUCUCUUUUUUGGUUAUCGCUGCUGCGGCCGCACCAGUCGAUGAAUCAUGGGUACAGCCCCGAGAUUCACCAGUCCACGAACUAUUCUACAAAAGAGCUCCUAACCCUUCGGAUCCCAAUUUCGCAUCCAACUAUCCAGCACCUGGUAGUACCCCACCUACCGAUUCGUUACCUCAAGCAUGGACAGAUAAGUUGAAAACGAUCAAUCUACCUGACGUUCAGCCUUCGAGUCCGAACAACGGUUAUCCAACUUAUGCCGAUGGUGAAACUCCAAACGAUCAGAAGAUCUGUUCAUUCACUUACGAAUGUACGACGGAUGAAGAUCUGUAUAAUCCACCUUCAGGUGUCCUCGCUCUGUCCUUCGAUGAUGGACCAGGAGAGGCUUCACCAGACUUGUACAGUUUCUUAGCCACCAACAACAUUUCAACUGCUGCCACCCAUUUUAUGAUCGGUGGUAAUAUCGUAUACAAUCCUACCGGUAUGCAAGCUGCUGUCGAUGCCGGUGGACUUAUCGCUGUCCACACAUGGUCUCAUCAAUACACUACUACCCUUUCCAACGAAGGGGUUCUCGGUGAACUCGGAUGGACCAUGCAAAUCAUCAGUGAUCUCAAUGGAGGACGAAUCCCCAAAUACUGGAGACCACCUUACGGUGAUGUUGAUAACAGAGUUAGGGCAAUUGCGAAAGGAGUUUUCGGACUUGAAACCGUUGUCUGGAACACUGACUCCGCUGAUUGGGCUAUCGGCAGUGAUGCCCAAUAUACACACGACUCGGUCGUCUCCCAAGUUAACCAAUGGUUAUCCGGAAACAAGACCAACGGAUUGUUAUUACUUGAGCACGAAAUCAAGCAGACCGAGGUCGAUGUCUUCAAGGCGAUCUUCCCAAGCAUCGGAUCGAAUGGAUGGACCAUCAAGAAUGUCGCUGAUGCAUGGGGCAUGAAUUGGUACGUUAACUCUGGUAAGACCAACACCGAAGCUAUCACUACGAUGUCAGUCGGAGCGAGCACCUUGGCAGUAACCAAUCAAACCACCUCUCAACAAUCUUCUACCUCUGCCUCCGCUUCUGCUUCUGUAUCGACCACUUCCGGUUCAGGCUCUACUACUUCGGCUCAAGUCGCCACUUCCACUUCGACAUCGCCUGCUACCGCUGCUGCCGCUGCGAAUUCAGGCUCAUCAUCCUCUGCUUCUUCCACUCUGGUGAUCCCAGGAUUUGCUUUAGCAGGUUUAGGAUUCUUCACUGCUCUUUUCCUUCAAGUAUAA